UACAUGUGGUAUGAAGGCAAGGCUAACAAAACUGCUCUAAUAAAGGAAUGUAGCAGAACUCAUUGAAAUGGUGGUUGAGAAGUUAUGGACCAAAUUACGUGAAAGAGUGCCACCUUAUGGUGAAAAACUAAUUGGAAUUGACAGUAAAGCAGAACAACUGGAAUCACUCUUGAAGAUAGGUUUGAAUGAUGUUCUGUUUGUAGGGGGUGUCGGACAACUUCUGAAAGAGAUGGCGAAGUUCACUUACAAAGAAAACUUCUUUCACAUCUCCAAAUAAACAACAUGGAAAUUGAAGACGCGUAUGAAGGAAAGAAAAUAAUCCAAAAGCUUUGUUGCAAUAGAAAAGUUUUACUUAUCCUUGAUGAUGUCAGUCAUAUAAUCCAUUUACAAAAUGCUGGGAGUAAACAUAACAACUAGAGACUUGCACUUGUUGACAUCACAUAGAGUGCAGGAAGUGUAUGAGGUUAAAACUAUGAACCCAGAUGAAUCUCUUCGGCUCUUUUGUCAGAAAGCAUUUGGAAGAGAUAAACCUCAAGAGAAUUUUUUUGGAUCUGUCUGAAUCUGUUUGUGGUUAUGCAGGAGGCCUUCCUUUGGAUCUCAUUGUUUUUGGUUCCUUAUUAUAUGGAAGAAGUGUUCCUGAAUGGGAAGAUGCUUUGGAUAUGUUGGAGAAAGAACCACAUAAAGAUAUUUUCAAGAUACUUAGAAUAAGUUUUGAUUCUUUAAGCGAUAUAGAACAGACAAUAAUUUUAGAUAUCGCUUGGUUUUUUAAUGGCAUGAGAAAAAAUUUAGUAACACAAUUAUUGAAAAGUUGUGGUCUUAAUUCAACAAUUGGGAUAAGAACUCUUCAAGAGAAGUCUUUUCGAAGGGAUUGUGACAAUCAUUUACUGAUGCAUGAUUUGCUAGAACAAAUGGGUAGGAGAAUUGUCUUUGAAAAAUCGCCCAAUGAUGUUGGAAAGCGUGGUAGAUUGUGGUCAAAAGAGGAUAUUGAUCAAGUAAUGGGAAGAAAUUCGGGCACAAAAGAAAUACAAGGCAUAGUUCCGUCCACAUCCUGUGAAGCAUGUUGGGAUCCUGAAGCCUUUUCAAGUUUGCUUAACCUCAGAUUACCUAUCAUUGUAUCAAGUGAUUUCUACCUUACUCGUGGCCUCAAAUGCCUUUCUAAUGCUUUGAAAGUUCUUCACUGAACAAAAUAUCCUCUAGACACUCUUCCCCCGGAACCGAACUGGAUAAACUUGUUGAUCUUAAAAUCCGUCAUAGCAAAUUAAAGCAACUUUGGAAUAAAAGCCAGAAUCUAAAGUUUCUAGACUUGAGUCAUUCCAAAUACUUGAUAAAAGCUCCAAAUUCUUCUGAGCUUCCAAAUCUGGAAAGAUUAAAACUUGAAGGUUGUGAGGAUAUUGUAGAGCUCCAUGCUUCACUUGGACAACUCAAAAGACUUCAAGUGUUGAAUUUGAAAGAUUGCAAAAUCUUAAAGUCGUUCCAAAAAAAAAAAAAAUGGAAAUGACUUCUCCAAAAGUUUUUGUUCUUCGUGGGUGCAAGUCAAAAAUCUCCCAGAGUUUGAGGAAAAUAUGAAGAAUCUAGCUGUGCUUGAUGCUAAGGAGCCGCAAAAACUUGUUAACCUGCUUCAAAGCAUUCUCAAUUUGAAAUGUCUUGCACUUCUUGAUAUUGCUCGUUGCUCAAAAUUUGCUAGAUUGCCAGAAAACUUGGAAAUUGAAGCCUUGGAGGUGCUUGAUGCAAGUGGAACUAACAUAACAGAAGUACCUUCUUCUAUUGGCGGUUUAAAAAAACUCGAGAGAUUGUCAUUUCAUGGCUGCAAAUGGUCAACUUCGAGCUCUUGGAGCUUGGCUCUUCCAUUGAGCGACAUGUUUUGGAGGCAUUCAAUUCAUAAGGGCUUAAUAUUGUCUGCUUCAAUCUUCAAUGUGAAAUCACUGGCAGAAUUAAAUUUAAGCAACUGCAAUAUUGAUGCCAUGCCUGAUGACCUGCGUGGCUUAUCAUCAUUAAGGAUAUUAGAUCUAAGUGGAAACAAGUUUGUGAAUCUACCUGGUGGCUGCAUUUAUAAUCUUUCGAAUCUACAAUUUCUUUAUUUGAAUUCAUGUUCAAGACUUGAGUUAUUGACGCAAUGUGGACCAAGAUUAUGGACAAUGGAUGCAGGAGAAUCUACUUCAUUGGAAACUGUGUCAGAUGAACAAUUAUUACAUCUCUUUGCUUCAAUUGACCGGAUGGAAAGGCUGAGGCGAAAUGAAGAGCAAGAACAAUGGAGUUCAUUGUCACUAAGUGAGAACUCUCAGGUCAUAAUUGAUAAUGUGAAACAAUGUCUCAGGUGGCAUCUUCUCCAUGCUUAGAGGAGGCAGACAAAUUAGAAGAUUCACAGAUGCAGUUCAUGAAAUGAUCUUAUCAUCUUUGAAUCUCUCAAUAAUAAAUAUUUGAAUUUCAGAUCAUGAUUUGAAAUUAGAAAUUGUUCUCUCUUAAUUUUAAUUUCCCAUGAUGAAAUUCAUGCUCGUGAUUUUGAUGCUGCAACGUUGAUUGAUCUGCUCCUGGCAAUGCAAACUCAGCCAUCGUGACUUUUCUGCCCCCAUUGUAAACCCAGCCAUCACAAAGUCACCUUCUUCGUCGAAUUACAGCCCAUCUGAGACACAUUCUUCAUCAAAUUGCUGUCCUUUUGAGAGUGCGACUGCUCGGGCAUGACAUUUUUAUGCUCGGCAUCAAUUCACUGACGUUAUGUUCUUUCUGUAACAGGAAGCAAGCAUUUGCUUAGAUUAUUCAAUCGAUGGUGCACAAGUUGCUGCCUCAAAGCAGAGUCCAUCAAGAGAGAGAAAUCAUGUUGUCGGUGAUACGCUUGUGCCUAAUACUGUUUCCAAGGCUAGCAUGCCAGACUCCCAACAAACCAGUGCCGAGAAGAUAAUUGAAGAACUUUCUCAAGUUUCAGAUUUGGAAGCCACUGAGUUGCUGCACAAAUUUAUGAUAUCCUUAUUCAUGAUGAAAGAAUGUGUGAGGCGUUUGAGGCUCUUCCUUCUCAAUUCAGAAAAGGUUGGUUAUUAAUGCAGAUAAAAAAAAAAUUCCAGUUACAAUAAAUUCCAAAGCCCAUUUUGCCGUCCAGUAGUGACAACCAUCUUUUUGAUUGGCACUGCAAUGGCCUUUUGAUUUGGGUAUUAGAGCAACACUACCUAUUGAGAAAUCCCUAGUUUUUGGAAUAUCUGAAAAACUAGAUGCAAUAAAACAUCCUAUUUCAUUGGUUUAUUUGUAAAAGUUUUUGGGACAAUAAUUAUUUUGCUAGCCUAGCAUUGUUCUAUGUUUGUUUCGAUUAUGGAUUGGCAGUAAGUUGGA